AUGUCCAGUGCGACGGGAACUCCCCCCUGCUCUCAAUGCCAGAAGGCUCGAUUUCCCUGUCGGUUCACCGUGAGGAAAGCCGCAGCAGCCUCGAAGGCCCAGAAUCUCUCCGAUGGUCCGUCCUUGCCGGACCGAUCGCGGUCCACCGAGUCCGCAUCCACCGAGUCGACUUCGACAGUCCGAUCAAGUAGUCAUGAUCGGGUGAUCGCUCGGUCUGGUCGUACAGACGCACGCUUUGCGGCCAUCCUUCCUUUCGAUGAAACUGUGACCCCCUCACUGGUGGCCAAGGCCGCUUGCGCACAGCAAACCCAGUUGUACAUCAACUUCGUGCUGGCCGCCUUUCCUUGCUACUUCAAGGCCACCGAGACUAGAGUCCCCAUCAACUGGGUGGAAUAUGUGGAAAGUCGGGGCGGGAUAACCAGUUCACCGUUUGACUGGGCCAUUCGUAGUCUGACGACCAUCUACACCGGGAGUCUUUACAAUGACCCUCGCUAUAUCGAUGCAGGGCGAGAGCUUUAUCUCCGCUCCCUCCGAGGCCUCUCGAAUCUCUUAAGCGAUGCUGCAACCGCGAAAUCGGACGAAGCUCUCUCGGCCGCUAUCGCUCUCACUGUCUUUGAGAUGCACGCCUGCACCACCCCAGAUGGGUGGAUUCACCAUGCUUCGGGAAUCCGCGCCCUAAUGCGGCUCCGUGGACCCCAGGCACACCUGCGGGGAUUUGGGUGCGCACAGUAUAUAGCCAUUCGCAACACCCUCGUGACUGUGGCGCUGGUGACUGGAGAGGAAUGCUUCCUGGAGGAGCCGGAAUGGCAGGAGCUCAAUGAGAUGAUCGCGGCUGAGAAUGCGAAGCAGCCCGACUCCUCAGUCUAUACAGACAUCACAGAGCGCGCUUUUCGACAGGUGGUCAAGCUCCCUGGCUUCGUGAAACGCUUGCGAGAUUUACAAGCCAUGGCACCUGGUGUCUCAGAGUGUGAACGCCCUGCACUUCUACGAGAAACCCUCGCUACACGUGCUGCUUUACGAGGAAUCCAUACCGAAUUCAGCAUGUCGGUCUCGACUCUUCGGGCUGGCCGUGAACCACACACCGGCUUCAUCGGGCCUAUUCCUCAUCACUUCUUCGAUGGGUUCUCUACGUUAUCCAUCCGGGGAAUCCGCUCCGCCAUCCUUAUCUCAAACUACAUCAUCAUUCUCCUGGACCCUUCUCAGCGAUGUAUUGCCGAGGCAGAGAAUCGCGUCAUCUCCGAUCGAAUGCGGAUUGGUCGCGCACCCAAUAUGUGUGCGAGCCUUGACCAGAAUUCGCCUCCUCUCACGCCCCCAGGCUCCCCAGGACGGCCUCGACUACUGGUUGAGUCACUGAUCACUCCUGAUACUCGCCAGUCUCCUAGUACAGACUGGAUGGACCGCAUUGCUACUACCAUGGGUAUGGAAGGAGUACGGAUCAGCCUGAUCGAUGAUGAUUAA